CCACUGGAUGCUCUGGUGGUCUUUGUGUAACUAUUGCGAUAACUAUAAAAGGUUAAAGAGUUCAAGGUCAGACACAGAAGAGGAGGUGAUGAGAAGCCUACAUAAAGAAUCCAAUCAUACCAGACGUAUAACACAGUAGGUGCGUAAUGACAUUAAAAGGGCGAAGUAAACCUAAAAAAGUUAGACUGUUGGCAGGAGCCUGUACUGGUCUUUCAAUCUUUCUCAAGGAAACCCAGAAAACUCUAUUAAAUCAGGACUUGGAGCCUGGAUUUUGGAAACGUUCAAGUCACGAGUCAAAGACCCCUCCACUGUCCUCCUUUCUACCUAAAAACAUAGAUAACAGUCUGCUAUACAUAAUAUUAUAUUUUUAUUUUUGUGCAGUAAUUAAAUUGAAGACAGAGAUCUAAAUGCAGUUUCAAACCUUUCUUAACACUGCUAGGGAUUAAAUUCUGAUGCUGAAUCUUCUACCCUUUUAUCCAACCGUUGUCCUUACUCAUCUUUCACUAAGCAACCAUACAAUACCACAAGGGUAAAAAGCAUUAUCAAAAGAAAUUUUGUAUCUUGUUUGGUUUCCAUCACACUUUUACUUAAUAUUUGAACCAUGGACACUUUUACAUUAUUGACAUUUAUUUACAUUUAGCAAAUCUGUGCUGUGCAAUCUCAAGUCAAAAGAAGGUUAUUUCCUGUAUAAUGCUAUGUAUUUAAAUUGUGGGAAUAUGUGUUGACAAGCUGAGGUAAGUAGAGAGACAAAAUGCUAAUACAUUAGGGCUACAUGUCUAUGGCUACAUGUAUGAGACGCAUGGGUCUGUCGCAGUUGCUACCGGUUAGCCCACGUGACCUCUGUGUCACAUGACAACGCCCUGCUGAAGCUACUUUGCUAACGCUAACAAAAUGGCAGCGUUCUUACAGUGGAGGAAAUUUGUCUUCUUUGAUAAAGACACGGUGAAGGAUCCUGUGGAUAAUGGGAAAAACUUUGCUGUCCCAAGCGGAAUAUCAGCUUGUGACUCCGGCCGGGGUCAUGUUGUUCUGGGAGAUAUGGACGGCAAGAUCUGGCUUAUGACACGCUCCCUGCAGCUGACGUCUUUUCAGGCCUACAAGUUGCGGGUAACUCAUCUCUACCAGCUGAAGCAGCACAGCAUUCUUGUGUCAGUGGGGCAGGAUGAACAUGGAAUAAACCCUCUAGUAAAGGUGUGGAACCUUGACAAGAGGGACAGUGGAAAUCCUCUGUGCACUAGGAUUUUCCCCGCAAUUCCUGGCAACAAACCGACUGAAGUGUCUUGUCUCGGUGUACAUGAAAACCUCAACUUCAUGGCUAUUGGUUUCACAGAUGGCAGUGUGGUUUUGACCAAAGGUGACAUCACCAGAGAUCGUCACAGUAAAACUCUGACUCUGCAUGAGGGAACCAGCCCAGUCACAGGCCUUGCUUUCCGCCAAGUGGCAAAGGUCACACAUUUGUUUGUUGCCACUCUGGAGAAAGUCCAUUGCUACACCCUGUCCAUCAAGGAGUAUCCUAAAGUAGAGCUGGAUACACAUGGCUGUGCAUUGCGCUGCUCCUCCCUGGCAGAUCCCUCCCAGGACUCCCAGUUCAUUGUGGCUGGUGAUGAAUGCGUGUACCUGUACCAGCCUGAUGAACGAGGGCCCUGCUUUGCCUUCGAUGGACACAAGCUGUUGGCCCACUGGCACCGUGGAUAUCUGUUUUUACUCGUCAGAGACGCAAAGUCUCCCAACAAGACAGAGUUUGGCAGCAGGGAGAGCUCUCCAUCAGACAAACAGCUUCUGACCAUCUAUGACCUGGACAACAAGUUCAUCGCCUACAGUGCCUCGUUUGAUGAUGUCAUCGAUGUGGUGGCAGAGUGGGGCUCCUUCUAUAUCCUGACCAGAGAUGGAAACAUGUUUGUUCUGCAGGAGAAAGACACGCAGACCAAACUGGAGAUGCUGUUUAAGAAGAACCUGUUUGUGAUGGCCAUAAACCUGGCUAAGAGCCAGCACCUGGACAGUGACGGACUGUCGGAGAUCUUCAGACAGUACGGUGAUCACCUUUAUCUCAAGGGAGACCAUGACGGUGCCAUCCAGCAGUACAUUCGCACCAUUGGGAAACUGGAGCCAUCGUAUGUCAUCAGGAAAUUCUUGGAUGCGCAGAGGAUCCAUAACCUGACCGCCUAUCUGCAAGCCCUGCACAGGCAGUCACUAGCCAAUGCAGACCACACCACUCUGCUACUGAACUGUUACACGAAGCUGAAGGACAGCUCCAAGCUGGAAGAGUUCAUUAAGAGCAGUGAAGGUGAGGUCCACUUUGAUGUUGAGAUCGCCAUCAAGGUUCUUCGGCAGGCUGGCUACCACAGCCAUGCUGUUUUCUUAGCUGAGAAACACAUGCACCAUGAAUGGUACCUGAAGAUCCAGCUGGAAGACCUCAAGAACUAUCAGGAAGGGCUGCGUUACAUCGGGCGUCUGCCUUUUGAACAAGCAGAGAGCAACAUGAAGCGCUACGGCAAAACACUGAUGCACCAUGUUCCUGAAGGCACCACGCUGCUCCUGAAGGGUUUAUGCACCAACUACCAACCCAGUGGAGACACUGCUGAAAAAGAGAGCCUGGAUAGGGGUCGGGCCAACAAGGCCAACUCUGAAGAAUUCAUCCCAAUUUUUGCCAACAACCCCCGUGAACUGAAAGCCUUCCUGGAGCACAUGAUCGAGGUGGAGCCCCGUUCUCCCCAGGGUGUCUAUGACACACUGCUGGAGCUCCGGCUACAAGACUGGGCACACGAACAAGACCCUGCGAGAAAAAAGGUCCUGCAGGAGGAAGCUGUGUCACUGCUGAGGAGCGAUAACACUGUGUUUGAUAAGGCCCUGGUUCUCUGCCAGAUGCACAACUUCAAAGAAGGCGUCCUCUACCUUUAUGAGAAGGGCAAACUGUACCAGCAGAUUAUGCACUACCACAUGCAGAACGAAGAGUAUGGGAAAGUGGUGGAGGCCUGCAAGCGCUAUGGGGACCAGGAGGGUUGCCUUUGGGAGCAGGCGUUGGGAUACUUUGCCAGAAAGGAAGAGGACUGCAAGGCCUACAUCAGUGAGGUCCUCCAACACAUUGACCAAAACAACCUGAUGCCUCCAUUACUUGUGGUGCAAACCCUGGCGCACAACUCGACGGCCACUCUCUCUGUCAUCAAGGACUACCUCAUCAACAAGCUGCAGAGGGAGAGCCAGCAGAUAGAAGAUGAUGAAUGCAAAAUCCGCCUGUAUCGUGAAGAAACGGCUCACCUCCGCUCCGAGAUCCAGGAGCUCAAAACCAGUGCUAAGAUAUUCCAGAAGACCAAGUGUAACAUGUGCAACAGCCCCCUGGAGCUGCCAUCGGUUCAUUUCCUGUGCAGCCACUCCUUCCACCAACACUGCUUCGAAAGCUACGCUGAGAGUGAGGCUGAGUGUCCAACUUGCACUCCUGAGAACCGCAAAGUCAUGGACAUGCUGCGUGCUCAGGACCAGAAACGCGACCUGCAUGAUCACUUCAACAGACAGUUACGCAGCUCAAAUGAUGGGUUCUCUGUCGUGGCUGACUAUUUCGGUCGAGGAGUGUUUAACAAACUGACUCUGGUCACUGACCCACCGGGCAGCAAAACAGUUGGGAGUCUGGAAGUCAACCUGCAGAGAGACCUUCUCAUUCACACCAAGAGAAACUGCUAAACCCCCCCCAGCCUUCACAUCAGCGCAGGCUGUCAGCCACAUGCUCUGCUGCACAGGAUGCCACUUUAUUUAGCAGUGAAUGCAGAUGCCUGCUUUUAGUGAUGGACCUAUUUGCAUAAUUGUGUUCCUAGUGAUGAUUCACUAGGGACUGUAUAAAUGUAUUUUAGUUUAAAACGUGUAAUACUGUGUCUUAAAACCUUUGCUGAAUUACACAUUGGAGAAUUGUGCUUCAAUGUGUUUGCUUGUACUAAUGAGUAAUCUUGCACAUAACACAAAUAGUUCAACCACCUGUCAUUAAUGAAAUUAUUUGUUGUCUGUCACGCUAACUUGAAGAUUAAAAUGUGAAUGAAGUCA